ACACAUGGAUAGAUUUUAGUUCGCUGACUUACGGUUUACGAAUAUUCUAGAUUUCAAAAGUCACAAAAUAUAAUCUCCAUUCAUUUGUCUUCAAUUUAGAGCUCAAAGAAGUUAAUACUCAAAAAAAUGUCCAAAAUCGUGAAACAAUUAAUUCCCCUGCUCGACAGAGUUCUUAUCAAAAGAGCUGAAGCCAUCACGAAGACUGCUGGUGGCAUCGUGAUACCAGAAAAAGCUCAGUCCAAGGUACUUCACGGAGAAGUUGUUGCUGUGGGUCCUGGCUCAAGAAAAGACAAUGGUGACUUCAUCCCAAUUCUGGUUAAAGUGGGAGACCGAGUGCUACUUCCUGAAUACGGCGGUACCAAAGUUAGUUUAGAAAAUGAUGAAAAGGAAUACCAUCUUUUCAGAGAAUCUGAUAUUCUUGCGAAGAUUGAAAAUUAAUUUAUAGUGCUAGUUUUAAUUUCGCGGUUCGAAUUAUUGGUUAAUUAGUUAUUUGUAGUGUAUAAACAUGAUGUGAUUGUGUAAUAUGUUCAAUGCUGUGGAACAUAAUGUUGUCUUUGCAUUUAUUAUAACAAUGUUAUAAAACUGGU